AUGGCCGGGCGGGCCCCCCGCAAGCCCUCCGGUCACCGGGGCUUGGCUGCUUUUUGGGGGAGCCGCAUCUUCACCCUGGGGUUGUUGCUGUUGCCCGGGCAGGGGGAUGCUGCUGGACCACAAGGGCCACCACCCCAUGGAGAGCGAGUCACCCCACACUGGCUCCUUGGGGGCCGUACCAGACGAGCUGUCAGCCUGGAUGAGAAGGUGCCAGCACCUGCCCGGGCAAAGGUGGCUGUGAUGGCUGAGGGCAGAGAGCUUGUCCUGGUGCUGGAGAGGAACCAGCUGUUGGCACCGGGCUACACCGAGACCCAUUACAGCGAGAACGGGCAGCCCGUGACGGUAGCCCCCAACCACACGGACCACUGCUACUACCAUGGGCACGUUAAGGGCUAUGGUGAUUCCUGGGUUGUCCUCAGCACCUGCUCAGGAAUACGGGGACUGAUAGUGCUGAGCAGCAACAACAGCUACUACCUGAAACCCCUGGGGAGCCCUGAGCCAGGCCACCACAUCAUCCACCGAGCAGAGCACCUGCCCAUCCAGGGUGGGACCUGUGGCCACGGGGACAGUUUUGGGAGCACCAUUGCUGACAUCACUCGACUCUUCCAGCCGCUGCACCACCAGGCAAAGAGAGAUGCCUGGAGGACCAUGAAGUACAUGGAGCUCUUCAUCGUUGCUGAUCACACACUGUACAGGAACCAGAACCUCAACCUAGGCCACACCAAGCAGCGCAUCGUGGAGAUUGCAAACUAUGUGGACAAGUUUUACAGGUCCUUGAACAUCAAGGUGGCCCUGAUUGGCCUGGAGGUGUGGACGGAGCGGGACCAGUGCGCUGUGACCAGCGACGCCAACGCCACGCUCUGGGCCUUCCUGCAGUGGAAGAAGGCUCUGAGGUCACGCAAGAAGCAUGACAAUGCCCAGCUGCUGACGGGGAAGACGUUCAGGGGGACGACCAUCGGCAUGGCCCCGCUGGAGGGGAUGUGCAGCACGGAUAACUCCGGAGGUGUCAGCGUGGACCACUCGGAGCAGCCCAUCGGAGCAGCUGCCACCAUGGCCCACGAAAUCGGCCACAACUUUGGCAUGAGCCAUGACAGCACAGGCUGCUGCGUGGAGGCCACCCCGGAGCAGGGAGGCUGUGUCAUGGCAGCAGCCACUGGACAUCCCUUCCCUCGUGUGUUCAGCUCCUGCAGCAAGAGGCAGCUGGAGAACUACUUCCAGAAAGGAGGUGGCAUGUGUCUGUUCAACCUGCCUGACACCAAAGACCUGGUGGUGGGACGGAAAUGUGGCAAUGGCUUUCUGGAGGAAGGAGAAGCCUGUGACUGCGGGGAGGUGGAGGAGUGCACCAACCCAUGCUGCAAUGCACACAACUGCACGCUGAAGGUGGGGGCCCAAUGUGCCCAUGGUGACUGCUGUCAGAGCUGCAAGCUAAAGGUGGCUGGGACCGUCUGCAGGGAAGCAGCAGGAUCCUGUGACCUUCCAGAAUACUGCACAGGUGCCUCCCCCUACUGCCCAGCCAAUGUGUACCUGCUGGAUGGCUCAUCCUGUGCCUACGGCGAGGCUUACUGCAACAACGGCAUGUGCAUGACCCACCACCAGCAGUGUGUCCAGCUCUGGGGGCCAGGUGCCUGGCCAGCCCCAGAUGCCUGUUUCCAGGACGUGAACAUGGCUGGCAACACCUAUGGCAACUGUGGCAAGGACAGCCAGGGGCGCUAUGUGAAGUGUGACAAGAGGGAUGCUAUGUGUGGCAAGAUCCAGUGCCAGAGCUCAGCUAAGAAGCCUCAAGGGACCAACACUGUCUCCAUCGACACCACCAUCCGCUUCAACGGGCGGGAGGUGAAGUGCCGAGGCACCUACAUGUACACGGCGAAGGACGACGAGGAAGACCUCUCUGACCCUGGGCUGGUGAUGACAGGGACCAAAUGUGGAGAUGGGAUGGUUUGCAAGGACCGCCGCUGCCAGAACGCCUCCCUGUUUGAGCUGGAGAAGUGUGUUGCCCAGUGCAAUGGCCAUGGGGUCUGCAACAGCAACAAGAACUGCCACUGUGAUGCUGGCUGGGCUCCUCCCUACUGUGAGAAGCCAGGGCUGGGGGGCAGUGUGGACAGCGGUCCCGUGCAGCGUGACAAUCAUGAAGCCAUCCUAAUAACCCUUCUGGUCAUCUUCCUGUUCUUCCUCCCGGCCCUGGUGAUGAUCAUCUACUAUUGGUACCGGCGGGAGAACUCCUUGCUGAAUAAAUGGAUAAAGGAGAUGAGGAGGAGGAGCCAGGAGACAUACAGGAGCAAAACCAUCAGUCGAAAGUCAGCUGGUGGCCCUCCCAAAGCUGCUUUCACCCUGAGGAACAUUUCCACCUCCAGCCACACUGGUAAAGCAGCGCGAGCUGCGUUCCCCCCCAAAUCCAGUGCUCACCAGCCUGGCUCCCAGCCUGUCAACGUUGUCCACCCUCUUCGCCCGGCUCCCCACUCCAUGCCUCCACGCCCAAGAGACCCCAAGCCUGCCAGGCCACCUCCCCCAGUCAGCAAGUCUCCCCUGGUCCCCACCAAAGCGGUCGUCUCCCAGGCUAAGCUGCCGCCUCCGAAGAAACCUCUUCCCUGCAGCCCCGUGAGGACCCCACUGAUUGCCCCAAAGCAUCAGCCUCCCCGUCGGCCGCUUCCUGGAAGUCCUCUUCUGGCCAAAGAGCUGCCUGCUGCACAAGGACAGACCUUGCUGGUCAUGGUCCCUCCCACCAACUUCAAGGCAUCGAGUACAAGUGCCACGAGCCAGCCCACCAGGCCAUCAAAACCGAUGCCACCUCAAAGGCCAGUCCCAGCCAUCAAAGUCCAAUCAACCUCCUUCCCCUUGAAGAAGUGA